UGUGCCCCGCAGCUCCGAGGAAAGCCCCGGGGCACCUCGUUCUCCGACGCGGGCUUCUCCCGGUGUGAAAAAAAUGGAAGUGUCAAGAAGAGAAGGUCAAAUCAGGCAGAUGUCGCUGACAGUCUUCGUCAAGAAGCAGAAACAUGCUAUCAGCUUAGACUGCCUGAAGACUUUUACCAGUUUUGGAGGUUUUGUGAGGAGCUAGAUCCUGAGAAACCAAGUGAUGCACUUGUGUCAAGUGUUGGACUUAGGCUGGUUGGACCAUAUGAUAUUCUUGCUGGAAAACACAAAAAGGCAAAAUCAACAAAUCCAGACUUCAAUCUUCAUUGGAGAUUCUUCUAUGAUCCCCCAGAAUUCCAGACUAUAUUUGUCGGGGAUAGCAAAACACAGUAUCACAUGGGAUAUUUCAGGGAUGUUCCAGAUGAGCUUCCAGUGUGGGUUGGUGCAAAUGAAGCUAAGAAGAGCUGUGUGAUUUCACAAGUUGGUGAUAAUGUCUUUGCUGCAGUCAAAUUAUUUUUGUCAAAGAAACUUAAGGAAGCGACUGAUAAAAAGAAAACUGCUGUUUUGAAAGACAUAGAUGAAAAACUAACAAGAACAGCAAAAGAACUGGGUUAUUCUCUGGAACAAAAAACAGUGAAGAUGAAACAGAGAGAUAAGAAAGUUGUGACCAAAGCAUUUCAUGGAGCAGGCCUAGUUGUUCCUGUAGACAAAAAUGAUGUCGGAUACAGAGAACUUCCAGAGACAAAUGCUAAUCUGAGAAAAAUCUGUAAGGCCAUUGUUGAUGCUUCCACUGAUGAUGAGAGACUGAAGGCCUUCGCACCCAUUCAGGAAAUGCUGACCUUUGUUCAGUUUGCUAAUGAUGAAUGUGACUAUGGGAUGGGGUAUGAACUGGGUAUAGACCUGUUCUGCUAUGGAUCACAUUACUUCCACAAGACGGUGGGCCAGCUGCUGCCCCUGGCCUACACGCUGCUGCAGAGGAGCCUGUUUGCCGACAUCAUUCAGUCGCACUUGGCCAACCGUCGGGGGGAGGCGCCGGGACAGAGUUUUAUCCUCGGGCAACUACUUGAAGUAACAGUCCAGAAAUCAGGGGAGAGCAGCGCCUGCUCUGACUCGCAGGCUGACAGCGUACAGUGA